AUGGCCGAGAACCAAGAUAGCGCCGCGCUCCUCAAUGGAAGCGCGAUGAAGCCAGACGCCUUUGACGGCACGAAAUCCAAGUACAUUGCUUGGAAGACCCAAAUGAAACUCUAUGUAGUUACGCAGAGGAAGCGGCUACCAGAGCAAUUCGACAGAGUCCUUAUGAUUCUGUCGUACAUGAAAGGUGGACACGCGGGCGAAUAUGUCGCCACGUUCAUGAAGAAAUACGACGCGGACGAAAACUCCGUGAUACAGACUACCAAGACACUAUGGGAAGACCUAGACAGGCACUUCCUAAUCGACGAGCAAGCCGAAGCCUAUGACCGUUUACAGGCGAUGCAGAUGGGAGCGCUGCGAACAUUCAUGACUUCGAGGCACAUUUCCAGGAGUUAA